GAGACACAGGAAGAAUACGCGACAACAGGCAUCCCAGAAUCCUUUGCGGCUCGACGGGGACGGACAUCUUUCUGUGGUGAACCGAGGACACAUCACGAAGCACCUCAAGUCUCGUUGAGUUGAAUUGAAGGUCGUAGAGAUGGCUGAAAACAUUGAGGAGAAGAUUAAGUCAUACAGGACUGCUCCCUUUGACGCCCGAUUCCCCAACACCAACCAGACCCGCAACUGUUACCAGAACUACCUGGACUUCCACAGGUGUAACAAGGCCCUGUCAGCAAAAGACCAGGAUGUGGCUCCCUGUGACUGGUACCAGAGGGUUUACAAGAGCCUCUGUCCCAUGAGCUGGGUUUCCAAAUGGGACGAACAGAUAGAGAACGGAAGUUUUGCGGGAAAAGUCUGAAAUAGCCGUCCGGUUAUAGAUCAGGACAGUCCACUCUUGCACAUUCUGUUACGUGCACCUAUACCUCUGUUGUGUGCCGAAGGACAUCUUCAAACAGCUACAUCAUCAUCAUCAUCUAUGUUAAAAACACGCACAACUUUUUAACCUUCAUUUAAAGGUCGGAAAUUUGCAUCGUGUGUCAAUUGUCAACAUUUCUUGGUGGUAAAUCAAUAAAUAAACGUUGGAUUUCAUUAAAAG